AUGGAUCGUCAAGGGGUCUCCCAGGUCCUUAAGCCUCCGGAGCGGCAUUGGGACGGCAACUGGGACGGGGUGCCUUGUCACGCCCAGGCCCUAACCGUCAUCGUGGAUAUCAACUCCCUUCUUAAGGGUCCCGACUCAAAUGAGUCCUCUAAAUCCCCCCCUCAGCAUACCCGAGCCGCAUCAGUUCCCCUUUCAACGACCACAGCCGCCUUGACGCCGGCACCCAUCCCUGGACCACCGCUUUACGGUCCUCCACGUCUAGGGCCACUAGGACCAGGACCAGGACCAGCUUUAGUAGGGACAGUACCCGGAGAACGCAGCAUGUCACCACACGCGGCGGAAUCGCCUGCUAGAAGGCAAAGUAAAUGGACCCGGGAAGAGAAUGAGCUGAUCACCAACCUCCGGGGGAGUGGUAUGAAAUGGGACGACAUCUCUAGAAGAUUACCAGGUAGGAGUGCUAUUAGCUGCCGCCUGCACUAUCAAAAUUACCUCGAAAAAAGGAGCGCAUGGGAUGAAGAGAAAAAGAACAAGCUCGCAAGACUAUAUGAGAGGUUGAAACACGACAUGUGGGUUAAGGUGUCCCAGGAGAUGGGAAUACCGUGGCGUACGGCAGAGGCGAUGCACUGGCAGCUAGGAGAGCAGGACAUACAACGCCGCGCAGGAGUAGCGCAACCCUUCAUAAUGUCUCCAGUGACAGCAGAUGAGCCUCACGGCGGCCCUAGGCCAUCUACACGACAUGCGCAUUCCCAUUCACAGGGCAACCUUUCUCGGAACGUAACCCCUGGAAGAGGCUACGAGCGCGGGGAGCCUUCGACAUCUAGCAGGCCUCUCGCAUCGAGAAGGGAAAGCAUACCACACCACGUCCCCGUCUAUCCCGAACACGUGCCCGAUAGUUAUGGUUAUCACCAACAUAACCCCAUGCCCCUGGCUCCUAUCAAAACGGAAUCACAGCCUCCUUUGCCUGGGAUGUUACCGUCAGUCGCGGAGCUCACUACGGGCGUAAGCCCCUAUAACACCAUGGCAUAUGCAAUCCCGAGUCUAAGCCCUGGUCCUAGCUCGGUCCCGAGCCCUUGGAAUACCCAUGCGGGUUAUCCGCCACUCCAAGAAUCGACAGGCUCAAAACGACGAAGAAGCCCGGACACCAACCACCUCUCCCCAGGCCUGAGGCGAAGACACCUAGACCCGCGGCCGUGACUACAAGGCUCCUAUCCACAUAACGAACUUGGCCUCGAACCACGGCUCAAGAGAGAACGAAUUACGAUACUUAAUUAGGC